AAGAUGUUCCAUUGGAUUGUUGUCUUCUUGGUUCUGAAGCUUUCCUUACUUUUAUGCCAUUUGAGUGAUCCCAGGUGCUUUUGGAGAAAAAAAGACAGAGAUAAUUAUCUAGGAGAUAAAGAUAUUGAUUGUUUCUUUUCCAUUUAUACAAAGCAUGGUUAUGUGAAGAAUGAUUACUUCAGUGAGAAUCUAGACAAGCAAGUUACACUUAAGACCAUCCAGUUGAUUUCCUCUGUUUAUUUUGCCAUUGAAGAAAUCAAUAGGAACAUUCAUAUUUUGCCCAACAUUUCCCUACUAGUUAAGAUUGAAUGUAACCUAAUUGAGGAUAAUGUGGAAAGAGUUUGGUCCUUGAAAAAAAAGGAAAUUAUUCCUAAUUACUACUGUAAAAAUCAGAGAAGAUAUUUAAUUGUACUUACAGGACCUAUAUGGAUAGCAUCUUACAUACUUGGACCAUUUCUGUACUUCUCUAGAACUCCAGAGCUUUACUUUGGUUAUUUUCAUCUUCUUCUAAAUGACAAGGAACAGUUUCCUCAUCUCUACCAGAUGAGUCCCAAGGACACAUCUCUACCACUAGGCAUGGUGUCCCUAGCAGUUCACUUCAGAUGGAACUGGAUAGGAGUGAUCAUUACAGAUGAUGACCAUGGAAUUCAAUUCCUUUCUGAAUUGAGAGAAGUAAUGAAAAGAAACACUGUCUGCUUAGCAUUUGUCACUAUUAUCACCUAUGAUAAUAUGUUAAUAUUCUCUUUUGUGAAGANCAUACAAUUUGUAAAUCCUGCUGGAGACCUAGUGAACAUGAACCAGAAUAGAAAAUUGGAUGCAGAGUAUGACAUUUUCUAUAUCACAGAUUUUCUAAAACAGGAAGGACUUAAAAUGAAAAUAGGAAGAUUUUCUGGUCAUUUUCCAAAUGGUCAACAACUGUUUAUAUCUAAUGAAAUGAUAGAGUGGGCUGCAGAUAUCAAGCAAACUCUAGCCUCCAUGUGUAGUGUGCCUUGCAGACCAGGAUUCAAAAAAUACUUUCAGGAGGGAAAGGCUGUCUGCUGUUUUGAUUGUUACCCCUGCCCAGAAAAUGAAAUUUCCAACAUGACAGACAUGGAUCAGUGUGUGAAGUGUCCAGAAGAUCAAUAUGCCAAUGAAGACCANACACUCUGCCUCCAAAAAGUUGUGGAUGUUUUAGAUUAUAGAGACCCCNUGGGAAAGGCUCUGGCUGGCUUUGCUCUAUGCUUCUCUGUCCUUACAUCUGUUGUACUCUGCAUCUUCCUGAAAAACCGAGAAUCUCCCAUAGUCAAAGCCAAUAACCNAACUCUCANCUAUGUCAUACUCAUCUCCCUCAUAUUUUGUUUUAUCUGUUCCUUGCUUUACAUUGGUCAUCCCACUAUGAUCAUCUGUAUCCUGCAGCAGAUCACAUUUGCCAUUGUUUUCACUGUGGCUACAUCUACUAUCUUAGCCAAGACAGUUAUUGUAGUACUGGCAUUCAAGAUAACUGUCCCAGGAAGAAGAAUGAGGUGGCUGCUUAUGUCAGGGGCACCCAAAUACAUCAUUCUCAUAUGCACCAUGAUUCAGCUGAUUCUCUGUGGAAUCUGGCUGGAAACUUCUCCUCCAUUUGUUGAUNCUGAUGUACACAUGGCACAUGGCCACAUCAUCAUUGUUUGCAACAAAGGUUCAGUGAUUGCCUUCUACUGUGUCCUUGGAUACAUGGGCUCUGUUGCUCUAACAAGUUUCACUGUAGCUUUCUUGGCCAGGAAUCUGCCUGAUACAUUCAAUGAAGCCAAACUCUUGACAUUCAGCAUGCUGGUGUUCUGCAGUGUCUGGAUCACUUUCAUCCCUGUNUACCACAGCACCAAAGGAAAGACUAUGGUUGCUGUGGAAGUUUUCUGUAUCUUGGCCUCCAGUGCAGGGCUGCUUCUUUGCAUUUUUGGCCCAAAGUGCUAUAUUAUUUUAUUAAGGCCACAGACAAAUUCUUUUCACAAGAUCAGCAAACCACAUUUUAAAGCUGAAAAUAUAAGCUAA